UGGACGCUGCUAUGGUGCGUACACGCCAUCCGACCCACUAACGUCCCCGAUUCCGCUUUAACGAAGAGGAGGAGAAGUCCACGAAUAUGAGUAAAGUGGACGCGCCAUGUCGCUCCAGCGCCUCCCUCAAGUUCACCAUUGACAACAUCCUCAACCUGAAGACGAGCGGGCGGGGAUCCGACGGAUGUCACCCCGGCGGAGAGGACCAUGACUCGGUCACGGGGACGAGUAAAGGCCGCAGCCUCCAGAGACCCGGAAGUGAAGAUAACGGUCGUGAGGACCGGAGAAGGGCGGCGGACGCGCGCUUGGAGAGCGGCGACAGCAGCUGCGACGACUCCAUCAUCCCGGAGCCACUUCAAGCGGACUGCGGGCCGGGCAAGAAGAGCAAAAUAAUGACGAAAAAGAAGACGCGCACCAUUUUUUCCAAGAGACAAAUCUUCCAGUUGGAGACUACCUUCGACAUGAAGCGCUACCUGAGCAGCGCCGAGCGCGCCUGCCUGGCCAACUCGCUGCAGCUCACCGAGACGCAGGUGAAAAUAUGGUUCCAGAACCGCAGGAAUAAGUUGAAACGGCAGAUCUCCAGUGAGAUCGACGGACCCGGGAGCGACUUCCCGGAGACGGUGAAGCCGGGGUUGGUGGCUCAGCUCCCGGCCUUGUACAAGGAGAGCAGCCUGCUGGGGAGGUGCCUGCUGCCGGUGCCGCUGCCCGUCGUGUACCCGGGCUCCCCCGCGCCUUACUUCUGCUUCUCCAGCACCAGCAAGUACUUCAGCCUCUAUGACGGCGACGUAUGACGCUAAAAAAAAAAAAAAAAGUGCAAAAAAGACACUUUUAUUUUAUUUUUUAUUUUUUUAAAUUUUUUUUUAGUGCCAAACAUGGAGCAUUUAUAAGCCAACAUUUCAAGGCGCAGACUGAACGUGGGAAAUUAGGAACCCAUCACUCAUGACAUGUUUUGGUGUUAUUUAUUUAUGAAUUCGGGUACUGUGUAGGCCAGGGGUGUCCAAACUAUUUCCACUGAGAAAUGAAAGCAUGCUGGGGCCAUUUUUGAUAUUUUUUCAUUUUCAGACCCAUUGGGGCUCCAUUAGUGUUAAAAA